UGUUCAACAUUGUUAUCUCUAGAUAAUUGUCAUGGACCGUCAGUUGCUCUCAGUUGUCUUAUUUAUCUUCCCUCUCCUCUGCUUGGUAACUUGUGAUGACGAAUACACCCAGCUAGAGAUUGACGCAGAAACCACCAACUCGGAGUAUGUUUCAAUGGGGUUGAAACUUCGAGUGCUAAAAUUUGAAAAUGAAGUUGCUUACUGGAAGAUAUUUCCGAUUGCCCUUAAUCACGCCGUAGUGGGAUUGUCAAAGUCAGACGUGCUGGAAAGAACGCUUAGUGUAGCUAUGACGGUUGAUGGGAUGAAAGGGUUCGAAGAGGAACUAAAAGAUAAUAAAAUAACCGAAACCAUAGACGAAAUAGAUAGCUUAGAAGUAGUCAGCGGGACUCUGGAAUUUGCGGAAGAACUUAAUCUAGUCAACAACACAGAUCCCGAGAAGUUUGAUUUUGGGAAGAUCUGGGACGUGGAAACGAUUGAAAACUACAUAAACGAGACAGUGUUUCACUAUCCGUGGAUUACAGAGCUGGAUCUAGGAGAGAGUUCCGGAGGGAGGAUGAUAAAAGCUGUCAAAGUGUCCAGGUAUCCUAACAGCCGGUGGCCAGAGCGAUAUGUACACGUGUUCAUGGGCAGUUGGAGUGGAGCUCAUUGGACGUCCAUGAAACUUAUUUUGAAGAUGAUGGGCAAGAUAACGGAGUAUGACAAUGAUACGUACGAUAAGAUACACCCUCUGGUUACCAGGAACACCUUGUACUUUAUCCCGCUGCCAAACCCAGAUGGCUACCAUCACACUAUCUCCAAACCUAACAGAUUUUGGAACAAGAAUUUACAUAGCUCUACCAAGAAUAAGUUCAGCUGUGAAGGUGUAAAUUUGGACCGCAAUGCCAGACCCACGGUCACCAGCCACAACAUCCGUUCUAAAACUUGUAACCUGCUCUUUGAUGGGUUGGGUCCGUAUUCGGAAAAUGAAACUCAGAUUAUGGUAAAUCUAGUGGAGCAGAUCGUGGCAGAGUCAACUCAUCCUAUACACUGGUACCAAAUGGACGAUAGUACUGGCGCUAUGCUCAUCCCUCCAUGGUUUUCAGAAUCAUUAAUAUCCAGCCCCAAACCGAAUCUCGCGGGCAUCAUGGAUUUCUUUAAAAAUCGAGAAGAACAAAUUCAAAUUGAAAUUGCGAACAAAGCUCGUGAAAAAGCUAACCAGGAGGUAAAGAAUGAGGAAAUAGAAGGUGCAGCAAAAGAAUCUGAAGAAGAAUCUGAAGAGCCGCAUUACGGAGUAGUGCGAGGGAUGGACUCUAUGCCCGAGAAGGACAGCUCUGUUCCCCGAACUGUUGAAAUAAUGGACACACACCGCAACACACUAUCUCACUUUCUAGAUACCCUCAUUACGAAGGGGGUGACACAGACUUACUCUGUUGGAAUCCCUCUUAGUAUGCUGGAGUUCAUCAGACCUGUGGGUGAUGAAAUGGCUGAUAUCAUUGAUAAAUACUCGGACAGUUUCCUGCGGGCUGUUGACCAGAUAGCCCGUCCGUCCGACCCUAUCGAACCCAUUAAACCGAUACUGACAGUGCUGCAGUGGUUUGUACCUAUCAUAAUACUAGCGUUCACAAUAAUCGUCAUAUUCAAAAUGCACGAUGACACCUUGAGUAUGCAAGUGUUGAGAGCGAAGAAUGCAGUGAAGGCACCUAAACAUGUCAAAGCUGUGGGUGCGAUGAGAUUGUUUGAUGUUACAGUGAAGAGACAGGAGAAGAAGGAGGAGGAUAUUCAGCCACUGUGAACUCCUUCAUCAAACUUAUCGUUUAAUUAGUAAUUACUACUGUUAAAGAUUUGGAACUUGAUUGUUUAAAAAGCAAAUAUGACAGACAUCAGGAGUUGAAUCGCACAAUCUUGAUAUUAUGCAGAUGUGCAGUAGAUUAAGCAAAUUUGUCAAAAUGCAAUCAUUGGUAUGUUUUAAUUUAUAAAAGCCUGUUAUGUGUAGUGUUUACUAUUGUAGAGGUUGGUGUUAUACCGGGAUCUUGAGGAUUAGUUCAAGUACUUUUUUAGGCGUCUAAUACAAAGUGAUACUCGUUAUAUUAGUUUGACUUCUUGAAAGGUAAAGUCAGCAAAGGUUUAUUAGAAUAUGAGAACUAAACACAAGUUCAUUCGUAUCUCACAAAACGGGUCAGACAGACUUAUUUUACAAUCGUAACCACGGACGGCUAUGGAGGUGAAAGUAAUGUCAUGUGAGUCGUGUUUCUCAAUUGUGAUUGGCUGAUGUUAAGAUAGUGUUAGGACGGUGAAAGGUGAAGGUAGUUACUUAGUCUUAAGGUUUCUGAGAAUGAAUUCGUGAGGGAGGUAUUACUAAUAGGUGUGAACUUGAAGUGUUAAAACUUGAAGGCAAUGCUUUGUGAAAUUAGUAUGAGUUUAUUUGAAGCCGUCCGGUAAUAAAACAUGAAAUAUUAGAAUUAAAAUUAAGAAAUGAAAUUAUAUGCUUUACAAUAUUCAAAUCUUAUCUUGUAAAUAUUAUAUGAUGUUUUUGUUCAAGAAUUUAGAUUU